AUGGGUCUCGGCAUCCUCUCUGACCAUGCACUCGAACACGUCCCUGGCACCGCGCAGGUACUCGAAGGCGAGCUGCGGAGGGAAGUUGAAAGAAAUGCAGGAAGUAUGCCCAGUGAUGACCCGAACGAUCCGCUUAACUGGUCCCUCCGUCGCCGCGACAUGAUUCUCCUUCUUCUGUCCCUUAUAUCAGUCAUCGCAAGCACCCUCUCUCCCAUCCUCGCCGCCAACACUGUCUCCCUCGCCAUCUACUUCGGUCGCGACUUAACCGACAUGGCUCUAUUAACCGGCUACCACCUCUUGGGUGUCGGAGUCGCGGGCUUUCUUUUCGUGCCGUCAGCCCGUAUCUGGGGAAAACGACAUGUGUAUCUUCUAGGCAAUGUGUUGGUCGUGGUGAGUUGUGCGUGGGGUGGCGCGGUAGGAAAUCAUUAUGCUGGAUUUCUGUGGGCAAGGGUGUUUCAAGGCGUGGGGCUAGCGCCAUUUGAGGCGCUUGUUAAUGAUUCCUCUGUCAUUGGAGCGAUAGCCAAAUCCUGCUCCGCUGGGACGAAUUCAGGCAUCGUCGCAAAGCGUGGAUAUCUCCGAAUCCUACUUCAAGCUCGCACUAACUUCGUACCUCGACCUAUAGCUAGUGUUGGCGAUAUGUAUCACGUCCACGAGCGGGGAGUCCGCAUGGCGCUGUCAAAUUUCUGCGUCUUCGGAGGCGCAUUCCUUACGCCAGUCUUGGUAGGAGUGAUUGCAGAUCGAAUGGGGUACCAGUGGACGUUCUAUUUUGUCGCCAUAUUCGCGGGGAUCAUGCUACCGCUGGUCAUACUUUUCGUCCCGGAAACGGCGUUCAGGAGGGAAGAGAAAUUUGACAUCGACACUAUGGGGAACUUGGUGGUUUUGGAUGGAGAAGAAAUGAAAAUCCUGGGGAAUAGAGGUUCGAGUAUUACAUCAGCUGAACACGACGCAGCUGGAAAUACGGUUGAGAAGGGAGCAGGGAAUCCUCCGGACCAGCAGCUGGUGGGCGAUCCGCCACGCAAAGCUACUUUUCUCGAAAGUAUAAAGCCGUUCAAUGGGCGGAAAACAGAUGAGCGGUAUCUGCACCUCCUUCUGCGUCCGUUCUCCCUGUUCUUACAUCCGGGUAUACUAUGGGCUUGUCUUAUUCAGGGCACUCUAAUCGGCUUCACGGUCCUUAUCGGUGUUGUGCUUGCAGCAAUUAUGCUUGGCCCACCACUUUGGUUCGGAGAGGUGGAAACAGGAUACAUGUAUACAGGUGCCUUCAUCGGUGGAAUCCUCGGCUUCGCCCUCACCGGCCUGAUUAGCGACUGGUCCGCCAACCUUCUCACGCGCCUUAACAACGGCGUAUACGAACCCGAGUUCCGCAUGGUGCUCGUGAUCCCACAACUCAUACUGGGUUGCGCUGCGCAGAUGCGGGGACGUACGGGUGGUUCUGGCCCUGAUUUCUUCUUCGCGCUCGUAGUUAUGGGUAUGGUGUGUGGUGCUGUUGCCAGUUCGCUAUACAUUGUUGAUGCGCAUCGCGGCAUGUCCAUCGAAGGUUUCACGUGCCUCAUCGUUUUCAAGAAUGUGUUCUCCUUUGGCCUGACAUUCAAAGGCUUCGACUGGAUAGUUGAUGCUGGACGGCGGAGUGGGCAAGGUGGGGGUGGGGGGAUCAAGGACCUUUUUGUCGCCGUUGGGAGUGUGCAGGUCGCCAUUUGCGCGUUAACGAUUCCGAUGUAUAUUUUUGGCAAGAAAAACCGAAGUUUCUUUCACCGCCAUAAUGUUUUCUUUGCGGUAACGGAUUGGGUUGCGGAUAAACUGACAUUUUGGUAA